UGGACCUUGAGCCUCACUGUACACUACACUGAUCCACGCUUACUGUUACCUUACUAACCAUCCUGCUUUUCUUAAUGCGUCUCACAUGAACAGCUCCAAGGUUCACCUGCUGCAGGGUUCACCUGGACUGGGAGGAGGAGGAGCUCUCUUAGAGAGAGAGAGAGACAGAGAGAGGAAGUUUUUGUUCACUGCUACACUCACAUGGCUGACUGAAUAACUGAUAAUGCAGUGGAAUAUAUCUUUGCUUUGCAGCGUAGUGUGGUUGUUUUUGCUUUGCUUUGCUCCGGUUAGCAGCUCUACUGAGAAACGCUCAACGUGUAGGCAUGACAGACACAGUCAGAUCCAUCUGAGGACACACAGCACAAAAAAGUUCUGUGAUCCUUCCUUCAGCAACCAGACAGCAGCAGGCGCUAUCACGCAGAAGUGCAGCUCUGGCUUCUACAGAGAGUGGACCGGACCGUACAGGGGUCAGUGUGUGUCGUGUAGCUGCAACGGACUCUCCAACGACUGUGAUGAGCAAACAGGGAACUGCGUGAACUGUCAGUUCGACGCCACCGGAGACCGCUGUGAACGGUGUAAAGAGGGUUACUAUAGAAACGCAGCCAACAGGGCCUGCCGUGCCUGUCCGUGCCCCUUUACAUGGAACAAUUUUGCUCUGGCCUGUCUGGACGUCGGCUCAGGAGCGGUUGAAUGUUUGUGUAAACGAGGUUACAGUGGAGCCAGAUGUGAGAGAUGUGCGUUUGGUUACUACGGCAGUCCAAUGUGGUACGGAGGCAGCUGCAAGCCCUGCAACUGCAAGGACGGCUUGAACAUUUGUGAUUCUAUCACUGGAGAGUGCAUCACAUCUGGUAACAGCAGCUGUGGUGCUCACUGCCAUGGUGAGUUUGUGUUGAAGAUUCAUCUAACAGUCAUGCUUUGA